AUGUCACCGACGCCGAGACCGUCCCGACUCGAUGUCCCCAAGGUCCCCGAGGGACACGGGCGCCUCGUCACCGCCUCGGCCAAGGCACGGCCACAGCUCCGUGUCCCCGAUGUGUCCCCGAUGUGUCCCCAACGUGUCCCCAACGUGUCCCCAACCGGCGAAACCGCGCCCAUGCACCCUGCGCGGGCUAAUCUGCAUAACCCCGCCCCUUCGCUGAUGAGACCACGCCUCCCCGCCUCGCGCAUGCGCAGCCCCUCCCGGCGCCGGCGCAGGGCGACCCUCUACCUGCGCUCGCUGCCCGCCCCGCGCCCCCCGCCCCGCGCCCCCCGCCCCCCCCGGGGGGUCCUGGACGCCUCGGGCUCCUUCCGGGUCUACUGGGACGUGCUGGGAGCCCCCCCGGGCUGGGCCCGCGCCCCCCGCCCCGAGCUGGUCCUGGCCACCCACGGGACCCCCGGGCGGGCGGCGGCGGCGCUGGGGGGGGGGUCCUGGGGGGGGCCGCUGUCCCUGGCGGUUUUUGGGGAGCCCCGGGGGGGGCUCCGGGAGCUGCUGCGGCUGCUGGGGGGGCCCUGCCGGGGGCUGCGGGGCCGCCUGAGGCUGCAGGUGGUGCAGGGGGCGGCGGGACCCCCGCCCAGGGUGCCGCCCCCCCAGGGAGCCCCCCGAGACCCCCCCGGGGGGUGCCGGGGGGCUCUGGCCCGGCUGGCGGCCGCCGACCCCCCCAGUUACAGUCUGGGGGUGCCGUACCCCGGGAACCUGCUGAGGAACGUGGCCUGGCAGGGGGCGGCCGGGGGGGGGCCCGGGGCGCGACCCCCGCCCCAGCCCGGGGGGCGCUUCGUGCUGAUGGUGGACGCGGACGUGGAGCCGAGCCCGGGGCUGCGCGAGGGGUUCCUGGAGCUGCUGCGGGGCGGGGGGCUGGACCCCAAAAACUGGGGGGGGCUGGGGGGGCCGGACCCCCGAAAUGGGGGGGAACGGGACCCCAAAAACUGGGGGGAACAGGGGGACCCCAAAGCUCCGGGGGCUCGGGGGGAUUUGGGGAGCCCCAAAACUUUGGGGGCUCCCGGUGGGCUGGGGGUCUCCAACUCCUCGGGGGUCCGCCAAGGUCUGAGUGACCCCGGUGUCCCCAACGCUCUGGGGGUCCCCACGGUCCCAAAGAACCCCCAAAGUUCGUUGGGCCCCCAAGAGCCCAGGGGUCGCCAAGCCCCGAGUGACCCCAAAACCCCGAGUGACCCCAAAAUUCUGAGCGACCUCCAUGCCCCCGGUGCCCCCCAUGCCCUGGGUGACCCCAACACCCUGGAUGCCCCCCACGCCCCCGGUGCCCCCCACCCCCCGGGUGCCCCCCCCUGGGCCCGCGCUCUCUUUGUCCUGCCCGCUUUCGAGCUGCGGGGGUCGCGCCGCCCCCCGGGCUCCAAGGCGGAGCUGCUGCGGCUCUGGGGGGCGGGGGUCGCCCGCCCCUUUUACGGGGGGCUGUGCCCCCGCUGCCAGGCCCCCACGGCCUUCGGGCGCUGGCGGGCGCUGCCCCCCGGCCCCCCGGGCGCCCCCCGGCUGCGCGUGGCCUACGAGGUGCCCUGGAGGGACCCCUGGGAGCCGUUCUUCGUGGCCCCCGCCCGCGGCGUGCCCCCCUUCGACGAGGGCUUCCUGCAGUACGGCUUCAACCGCAUCAGCCAGGCCUGCGAGCUGCACGUGGCCGGGUUCCGGUUCGCGGUGCUGGACGGGGCCUUCGUCACCCACCGGGGCUGGAAGGAGCCGGGCGGGUUCCACGGGGGCCGCGAGGCCGAGCUGGGCCGGAACCGCCGGCGCUACCGGGCCUUCAAGGAGGGGCUGAAACUGAGGUACCCCGAGUCCCCCCGCCGCUGCUGAGCACCUGGGGACACACCUGGGACAGCUGGGGACACACCUGAGCACACCUGGGACAGCUGGGGACACACCUGGACACACCUGGGACAGCUGGGGACACACCUGGACACACCUGAGCACACCUGGGACAGCUGGGACAGCUGGGGACGCACCUGGACACACCUGGGAGAGCUGGGGACACCAGGGACAGCGCUGGGGAACCCCCAGUGGACACCUUAGACACCGUGGAACCUCCCAAAGGACACCUGGGGGCAGCUGAAGACCCUCCAUGGACAUCUGGGGACACCUGCCACACCUGGGGACCCUCCAUGGACACCUGGAUGCCCCCUGGACAUGGGGGUGAUCUUCCCUCAGUAAAUUUGGGCCCCUACCCAUGA